AAAAUCCCUUCCCAUUUCCUGAUAACGUCAUAUGGCUUGAAAUACCAGUGUUCGUCAUCUCUUAGCACUGUGAAUGGUUGUUCGUUUUUACACCAGAUUUGGAUCAUGGGAGAUUCUGGCAAACCGUUUGCUUGUGGCCUCAAUGGAUGCCCUAUGACAUUUAGUAACCAAGAUCAUUUGGAAGUCCACCAGAAGAAGCAUGAUAUGAAACUAGUAAUUGGCGGCGGCUUAAAAUCCCUCGACACACCAAUCAUCGCUGAUCAAACUCCGACACCCACGCGCUUCUUGAAAAAUUGUGAAGAAGUUGGUUUAUUCAAUGAUCUUGAAAAUCCAUUUGAUAACGAGUUUUCUCAUGCCAUUGACAAAGAAAAGUCACAAAAAGAAGUGACACCGGCAACUAGUAAUCAGACAACUAAAGCCAGAAAGCCUUCCCUAUCCACCAGUACUUCUGUCGAGUCCGCCACACCAGUUCUCAUUGCACCAACAGUUAGCAGGGACACUGCGAAAACGGUACCAGUUUUGAAGAGUCCACAGGUGGUUGUGAUGAGUCCAACCGUAUCUAUUGCGCCGGCUAUAACAAGCUCAACCAGUGUUGUUACUCAGAUCUUUCCUCAAGGAGGAGGUACUGGUUUAAUUGCUGGUCCAAUUCUUUUACGGCUACCGAAUGGACAGACAGUUCCAGUGGCCAUUCCUCCACCCCCUUCUGUUGCUGAUGGUACAGCAAAUGUGCCCAAUGCUAUCCCUGUGGGCGGGGGUGAUCAGCCUAACAUCUUGCCGAGUAAUGCUUUAGACCCCAAUGGGGUAAAGCAGCGAUUGAAAGCUGCUCUUACGUUACAGAAUCCCCAGAUUGUAGACUCAGCAAAAGCCUUGCAGCUAAGCCCAACAUCACCAUAUGAACCAAGUAGAAAAAGAAAGAGUAUGGAUGAUGAUGGAGAUGAAAGGAGGCAGAAAUUUUUAGAGAGGAAUCGAGCUGCAGCAAGUAGGUGUCGGAAUAAAAGGAAACAUUAUAUUCAAAAUCUUGAAAAGCGAGCUGAAGACUUUCAAACUACUAAUACCUCCCUCCAGAAUGAAGUCACUGUGCUAAGAAAUGAAAUUGCCCAGCUAAAGCAACUCUUAUUGGCACAUAAGGAUUGUCCAAUCACAGAGCGCCAAAGAAAGACACAGACCCAAUUAUUAAGAGGUACAGGUAUGCAAGAACUAUCAAGCGAGAGUUCACAAGGUGUCCACAGAAACUCGAGUACAACACCAGCAGAGGCUGCUUCCGCCCUUGCCCAGUUGGCUCAGACCACAACAUCCUGAUAAGUAACAUACAUGCCUGUCUUACCUUCUUAUUAUGUGCAUGACUGGACUUAGUUCAACAAUGGACUAUAUAGCUUGAUGAAAAAUUUCCGAAAUUUAAUCCUAGUCCAUGAACAUAUAAUUUACAGUAUUUUAUUAAGAAUUUAACACACGCAUGUUUGGUUGGCUUAAUUUGUAUAUAAUUACUGGUUAAUAUUUAAUUAAAUAAAUAAAAGAUGAGCAAAGAAAAUUUUCAGAGAGAAAAAUAUAGGCUUGUUGGAGUUUUAACAAGAGACAAUAUAAGAAAGCAUCAGUAGGAAAAUGUAACAUACGAUUAAGAAAAGAUGUAUGAAGAUUAGUAAAACGUCUAAUGAUAAAUGUAAUAGUGCCUAUUGAAACAAAUUAUAUAUUUUCUCUAAGAUGCUAAAUCUUCAUAAUACUUGGCACAGGAUAAUGUUUCCCAUUCUGGUUAAUUUAUUUGUUUUUUUAGAUUAAACUUUGCAUUUAUGAUGCAUUGUCUUUAAUUUUGUAUGGAAACUCUGUAUUCCUGAGUUUAUUCAAGAAGAUCAGAGAAGUUACAUUGUUAUUGUAAUCAUAUAUAAAGAUAUAAAUACAAGUGUGUCAAAUUACUGACUGUAAUUAGUAAAUAUUGAUGUAUUUUCAUUGUGAAAUUCAUAGAAAAUUUCAUUAAUAGAUAGCUAAUAAUUUUUUAUAAUUAUUGUGGUAGAUAUUAACAGGUUAUUAGCAUUUUUUUUGUUAUAGCUAAAGCUUGUGUGGAACUUGCCUUUAAACCAAUCCCUGGGUCCAGGGUUCAAGUCUUGUAGACUAGCAGGAUUUCACACAAAUAAGACCUCUCUCCCUAAAGGCCAACUCAGACAGCGUUGUACCAUGGAGGUAUUAUUGAGAAGGAGAUCACUCAAAAAAGCUAUGCGCACGCAGUGCUAUGCAAAUGUACCAAGAUCAAAGCUGCCGCAGCUCGUGAAGAACGUUUACGCGAUGCCUUUGAAGUCCCAUGUGUUCCCUGCCAUCAAAUUUUCAGCAGGCAUAGUUUACCAAAAAAUUCAACAUGGCGAAAUGGAGAGCACCUUCUUUUCUCGAUGCGCACUACAUACGGUCAAUCACAAUGGCUGCGCAAUCAUUUCCAUUUUGACGCUGAUACAUUUAUCUCUCAUAAAAUAUCAAACAUAUUAAUAUUUUC